CGCAGCCAGCGCGCAGCCCCAGGUCGGGCCGCCGGGCGCCCGUCGCUCCCCGACAGCGGGGUCCGGCACCGGCAGCGAGCGAGCCAGCGGGCGGGCGCCCCGACGACGGCGGCGGCAUGCCCGAGAAGCGCCUCUCGGCCGAGCCGCCAGAUAUCACAGAAGAAGAAUUUGAAAAUUUUUUGGCAACAGACAACUUCCUUGUGGACUACUUUAAUGAGUUCUUAAGCCUCCCUACCUUUUCAGAGGCAAUUAGAUUCAAUGUGGACUACGGAGUUUUUGAAGUGAUUAACAAUGCGCCCCAACUUCUGGAAAAGCAACUGAAAAAAAUCCUGCAAAGCCACCAACCUCGAAAUCCCAUCUACGAUGUCAUAAGGAAAGGGAAAAGUGACGCUAAACCUCUUCAAAAGAAGGUCCCCUGUGAAGAUGAGGCCAUUAACAUCACCUACACUAUCAUGUGUCUCAACCGGGAGCAAGGUAUUAAGUGGAUCAAAAGAAAAAGGCUUCCGGCGUUCCUGGAAAGUGAUUGCUACUUUGAAUACAGGUUAGCCAAGUUGAUCUCGCAAGCAACAUGGAGCAACUCAGGCAUGAAUUUCAUAGUAGGUACAAACUUUUCCCCCUGGGUCCUGAGAAAACCGCCCACUCCACCUCCUUCUACCAUCGAAGAGGACAAUCUCAUGAUCAUGAAAAAGUUCUACGUCUCUCUCGGCCAGGCCUCCUAUACUCAAACACAAGAUUGGUUUACACUGGCAAAGCAAAGUCAGAACACAGUAACGACCUUUUCGUUGCCCUGCUGUGUAUCCCACCACAAAAUUGCGUCAUCACCAACUAUUUCUGAGAGUUUUAUCUUCAACGACCAAGUGCACCCCAGGACAAUAAAGAGCCCGUCUAAAACUGAUAAAAUGGUCCCAGAAGUGGAAGAAGAGGAAGAAGAAGGGUCCAUCUCCGUGAAAGACACUCCAUCCCAAGCGCUUCUGAGAAUAUACCUAGAGAGGAAGGAACCUCAGGACAAUAGCUUGACGCUGCACUUUUCCACGGUGGACGAGUUUCUCAACUCCUACAUAAUCUUCAUCUUGAGAGAAGCCUUGGAGCACAUCACCGGCUACGCCUUCAGCAACACUUCCAGCUACAUCAACUUCUACAACGUAACCCAGGUGGUAUUCGACAACUUGGAGCCGGCGCCUAGCAAGAAGAUGGUAAGUUCGCCCCAGAUAGAAACGGUAAAGGAAGUCUCACAGGAGAAACUGGAAAACGUGAGUCUAAGUUCAAAGAGCGAAAGCCUCGGACCAGAGAGCAGGGCCGACUGGUGUAUUCCUCACAGAACCUACGACAUUGGCAACAGAAGAGAAUUUGAAAGGUUUAAGAAGUUUCUAAAGGGAACAUUAGGAGAAAGAUACUGGUGGCUAUGGAUGGACAUCGAGAGGUUAAAAGUUCUUAAGGACCGUGGAAGACAUCACAGACAUCUUGAGAAAAUGAAAAAAUGCUACCUUCUGAGCAGUGGGGAGCGCUACCUUUCCACAGAAGUCCUGUCGAAGUUUAAGCUGCUUCAAGGAUCCCGGUGGACAGAGGAACACUUGAAAAACAUUCAGAUUGAGGUGCUGAAACCCUUGCUUCUGUAUUGGGCACCAAGAUUUUGUGUGACGCAUUCAUCCACAACAAAAAAUGCGAGUGCUGAACUGAAAUUCUGGCGCCUCCGGCAACAGAAACCAAGGAAGGAUAUCGACCCUUUCCCACAGAUGGCAACCCUCCUGCCUUUAAGGCCAAAGUCUUGCAUCCCACAGGUCCCUGAGGUCCAGGGAGAUGAAAUCAGUUUAUUACCACAGCCCAAAUCUCCUAAGAAAUUGUCAAGAGUAAGCACAGGGACUCAGAAGCUGGGGAGGAGCGAGUUCCCGCAUCCAGUCUCUUCCAAGGACGACGGUCUUGAGAAAGGGUCAAAGCGGCUCCCGGACGAUGGCACAGUAGUCCGCCUGACGUCUUUCACCGACAUCUCUGAAUGUCUGAAGCCCCAGCUGGAGAGGAAGUACACUUACACAGAGGAGCCUACCGUCAAAGCUGCAUCAGAUGUUGGAGCCUUGGGAGGCUUUGACAUGGAAAACUUGUUGCAGUCUUUGUAUGUGGAAAAUAGAGCUGGAUUCUUCUUCACUAAAUUCUGCGAGAAUUCAGGGAACAAGCUGUGGAAGCACAGUGUGUACUUUUGGUUUGACCUACAGGCUUACCAUCAGCUGUUCUACCAAGAAACACUCCAUCCUUUCAAAGUGUGCAAGCAAGCCCAAUAUCUUUUUGCCACUUACAUUGCUCCGUCAGCCACCCUGGACAUCGGGCUCCAACAGGAAGGGAAGAAGGACAUUUACAUGAGGAUACAGCCCCCAUUCGAGGACCUUUUUGACACGGCAGAAGAGUACAUCCUCCUCGUCCUUCUGGAACCAUGGACACAGAUGAUGAUGUCGGAUCAAGUGGCUUACCGAAAGGUAGAGCUACAAGAAGAGACCCGGCAGCUAGAUUCCACAUACUUCAGAAAGCUGCACGCUUUGCAUAAAGAAACAGUUUCCAAGAAGGCUGAGGACACCACUGGAUCUGUGACUAGCGUGCUGUCACUGUCUGAAGUCUCUAAACAAACAGAGUACUGGAAUAAUGUCCCUGAAGAAUACAAGCAUUUCACCUUUAACGAUCUCCUGAACAACAAACUGGAAUUUGAGCAUUUCCGCCAGUUUUUAGAGUCUCAUUCUUCAAGCAUCGACCUGUCUUGUUGGAUAGAUAUUGAGCAGUUCCGAAGAAUCCUAUUUAAAGACCAAAAGCAAAGAGAGGCAAAGUCUAUAUACAUUAAAAACAGAUACCUUAAUAAGAAAUAUUUCUUCGGCCCCAGAAGCCCUGCUUCCUUGUAUCAGCAGAACCAGAUCAUGCUGCUGAGCGGAGGCUGGGGGAGGAUCCUGCACGAGCAGCUCGACCCACCCGUGCUGGUGGAAAUCCAGAAGCACGUCCUGAACAGGCUGGAAAACGUGUGGCUGCCAUUGUUUCUCACAAGUGAACAGUUCGCCUCACGCCAGAAGGUGAAGAUACGGAUGAAGGACAUAGCGGAUGAACUUUUGCAGCAGAAGCCUGACAGGAAAAUUGGAGUUUGGAAGCCUGUGGCGAGUAAGUGGAUAUCUUCAUCCUGUGAGAUCAUUGCCUUCCGAAAAGCCUUAUUGAAUCCAGUCAUUGCACGGCAGUUUCAGCGAUUUGUGGCCCUGAAAGGAGAUUUACUGGAAAAUGGAGUACUUUUUUGGCAAGAAGUACAAAAGUUUAAGGACUUGUGUCACUCACAUUGCAGUGAGUCCAUCAUCCAGAAGAAGAUAACCACCAUCAUCAACUGCUUCAUCAGCUCCUGCAUCCCACCAGCCCUGCAGAUUGACAUCCCAGUCGAGCAGGCCCAGAAGAUCAUCGAGCACAGGAAGGAGCUGGGACCGUACGUGUUCCGAGAGGCACAGAUGACAAUUUUCGGGGUUCUGUUUAAGUUCUGGCCGCAGUUUUGUGCGUUUAGGAAGAAUCUAACAGAUGAAAAAAUCAUGAGCGUUUUAGAGAGAAGACAAGAGUAUAAGCAGAAAAAGAAACUGUCAGAGUCAGAGGAGGACAAGAUGGGAAAGACCGGUCUCAAACAGUACGCAAGCACUACGGGCUCCCUAACCAAAGCUCCUCUAGCCAGCGAGUCCUUGCUAGGCCUGCAAGCCUAUGGCCGGCAGCCAACCUGGUGCUAUUCAAAGUACAUCGAAGCCUUGGAACAGGAGCGGAUCCUUCUGAAAAUUCAGGAAGAAGUGGAAAAGAAAAUGCUCACAGGGUAGAGACAUUCAAGCGGGAUGCUCACACUCUGCUGUUGAUAGGUGUGAGGAUUUCUUUAAGCCAACUUGAACUAACAUGAGCGGCUGAUUGCCCAAGAUUUUGGAGAGUCUGCGUUACCUUGGAAUACUAUCUACUAUCUAGGCUAGAGGAAUUAAAAUUGUUUGCCUACCAUAGCCCUCGAGGAAAAAGCAAUAUUACGCUCCCUUGUGCCACCUUCCAGCAAAUGCUCUUUGCAGGCUUGCUUCAGUUAGCAGAUCUACUCAUUGGGCAGCUAGGGGUGUGACUCUUCCUAAUAUAGUUGAUGAAGACACUCCCUCCCCCAUUCCCAGCCGUGAUGAGACUGUGCCAAGGCAGCGGUUUCCACGGAGCAGUGUGCGAAAGACUCACACGACGUGGGUUAGCAUUUCAGGCUCCAUGGGUCACUCCCCGCACCCCUUCUGGUUACUCACGGAAGACACCCUGGAACUACCAGACGCCUAAGUGACUUCCACACAGACUUACUACACUGCAGAUUGCUCUUUGCAGCGUGUUAGGGCAGAAUGAAAUGGUACUCGGAAAGGGUACAGGGCCACCCGUGGGACAAAAGGGGACCAGUCUCUCACACACACACACCUGAUGCUUGUUCCUGCCUGGGGGGAGGAGAACAUGGGAGAGAGGACCCUGAUAGGGCCAUUUGUGGCUCACAUCUCCGAGGGCCUCCGGGGACUGCAAUCCAGAUUAGAAUCUGUGUCCUACAGUCACACGUGGUCCCAGAAGGUCAUUUUCAAAGACAAACCAUCGCCCCAAAUUCUCGACGUGGUUUGGGAUUUUAAAUAGGGAAAGUGUCAGAUGGCUUCCUUCAUCUAAGGGACUAGCAGACACUCGUUAUCUGUUCUGUGUGUGUCUCUCUGUGUGUGUGUGGGGGGGGGGGUUAAGGCCAUGAUGUACAGCUGUCGUUGACCCUCCUGAGUCUUGGGAUGACCAGACAACGUGUGGACCACCACACCUUGCUUGAUAAAAAUAUCACUGGCACCGCAGGGGCUGCCUGCAGGCGGAGGCCACCCGUUACCACCAUUCUUUGAUGCACCCAAAAACUGUUGCCUUUCUGUUUUCUGAGCUGCUUUCUUGUUGCAAGGGUGCUUACGACGACUCCCAACCCUCCCCAUGCGAGAGCCACGCCCUGAUGUUUGGCAUCUGUGUUUUAAGUGUUCUGUAGACGGUUUGCUUAACUACACAAUUUAUAGUCAAGAGGCUAGUCUGCCUAUGACGUUAGUGGCCAUUUUUAUGCUGUUAAGUAUUUGCAUGUUCAAUUUUGGCUCUAACUCAAAGCAUGGAACAGAAUUACUGACACCAGGAGGGUUUUUGUUUGUUUGUUUGUUUUACAGCUGUGUGCCCAUGCGUGUCCGGCACUGGCCUGUUGGUUCUUCUUAAUGUCCUUUGAGCUCUCUGUUGCUGGGUAGUUACCUUAUUCUAGAACCGCAUUGUUGAUAUCCUGACUUCUCCCUCUCCCUGGGUCCUGGGCAACCUGGUCCUGUUCCUGCUCCCAUCUCUUCCAGGUCUGUGCUUCCGUAGGGAACCUCUCCUGGUCAUGGAACCUCUCUAACUCUCAGGCUCUCUCUCCCGACCCUGGGAUCGCUCUUCUCCAUCUUUGACAGGCGAUCACGCCCCAAAGAUGCACGGCUGCAUCACGCAUGCGUUAGGUAGCUGCAUAAGGACUCUGCAUGCAGAAACCAUGUUGAACUGGGGCCGCACGGAGCAGCUCCGUGACUCCAGUUUCAAUGGCCCCAACUGCUGAGACUCAUUCGAAACCGUUCCCGUACCCUGUUAUAAGCAAGCGUCUCCUGCCUCUUCUCUCUCUCUCCUUUCCAUUCCUGCUCCCAGUCGGUUAACACCCACCCCUCCCUUUGCUCCCUUUCCCAAUAAACUCCAUGCGGGUUUGUUGAGUUUGGUGAAUGGUGUUCAUCGCCCAAAGCUGCAACAAAGAAAAAUACCCAGCACCCAGAAUCUGGAACUUAGUUUAUCUCUUUCUUCUGCAUGGUCACUUUCUACCUGUCUUCAGGGAACAAACAUGAUAUUUCCCUGGCUAAGUGCCCUGCUGAGGGCAGGGCUGAUACACAGGCCCCUUAUUUGGCACAACCGCCGUGAUCCUGGUCAGAUCUAGCGACACUGCUUUCUUAGAGACACAGACCGCCACACUCGUCUUCCCCUCCGUGGCUCGAGUCUCUUCAUUGCACGACAGCGGGGGAAGGAAAUGGCUUUAGUAUUAAAUCUCUAGAAGGCAAACACCACUGUUCAUCUAAAAAGUUUAAUACAGCGACGUGCUGCGACGUGACACAGCCCACAGCCAUCCAGGAAUCUCCCUUGCCCCGUGCACAUGAGCGCGGGACCGUCCGUCUGUAUCGAUGGCUGGGUGGGAUGGCUUGCCCUCAGUGUGGGUUAGGCCGGGGACUGAACCAGACAGGAGAAGCUGGAGAAGCCAAAGAGCAGGCAGCACAGUUCCAUCCUCCUCUCUCUGCUCUCCUCUGUGGAAUGGCUCUCACCUGGGAUUGUAAGCCAAACUAACCCUUUCUUCUCCAAGUCGGUUCUUGCAUUUAAUAUAGAGAUGCUAUAUUUUAGACAGCCUUAACUGUCUUUAAAUCUAACUUAAGAGUGUGUACAGAUGACUAAAUAAAUUCUAACUGUGCCCUAUCUGGGCAUUUGAUGAAAUAUA